UCAAUGUCAUACGCCGAUCGGUCUGUGCAGCUACGCAUUGUCUAACGCGAUGUGCAGUUGGUGUCACAUGUAAAGCGAGCCGCCGGUUCAAUCAGGAAGAAAAACAUUAACUGAGGGCAAUAGUGUCAAUUUCAUCGGGCUAACAUCAUACCAUGUUUAUGCGAACGGCGUUUGUACAGCAGCUUUACCUGUGACUGAGUGUAGAGUGAACAGGAGUGAAGGGUCAUUGCGCCGAUGUCGGUAUGUUUGGACAAACUACAUUUUCCGAAGGAAAAGGUCUGCCCUUUGGCAGAUUGUUGACCUGUUGAUCCCAUCUUCCACUGGGAGAGGCUUACAGAGAGGCAGCAUGUCCCGCAGGAAUGAGUCUUGCCUGCUUGAGAAUGGUUCUGUUGGUUUCCUCUCUUGCUUAUUUCACGUGUGGGAGGAGUGGGCGGGGCUUGGCCAGCUCCAGGACUACCUCAGUUUCUUGGAGUAUUUGCUCUGGGUUUUCACACCUCUGGCCAUAGUCUUUAUCCUGCCUUUCCUCAUAGUCAUCCUUCUUUAUCUGUCCAUCCUCUUCCUCCACGUCUACAAGCGCAAGAACCAGCUGAGGGAAGCUUAUUCCAACAACCUGUGGGAUGGCGCAAGGAAAACUCUGGCAACCCUUUGGGACGGACACGGAGCUAUAUGGCACGGUUAUGAAAUCCAUGGUUUAGAGAAGGUACCAGAUGAAGGACCUGCCCUAAUCGUGUACUACCAUGGGGCGAUUCCUAUAGACUACUAUUAUUUCUUGGCAAAAGUUAUCCUUCAGAAAGGAAGAACUUGUCAUUCAGUGGCUGAUCAUUUUCUGUUCAAGGUUCCAGGGUUUAAGCUUAUUUUAGAAGUGUUUAGCAUUAUCCACGGACCGCAGGAGGAAUGUGUUAAAGCCCUGCAGAACGGCCACCUCCUAGGCAUCUCUCCUGGAGGGGUCCGGGAAGCCCUGUUCAGUGAUGAGACUUACCCCCUGCUGUGGGGCAAACGUAAAGGAUUUGCACAAGUGGCCAUCGACUCUAAAGUGCCAAUAAUACCGAUGUUUACUCAAAAUGUCAGAGAGGGGUUUCGCUCUCUCGGAACACUAAGAUUUUACAGAUGGGUGUAUGAGAGGUUUCGUCUCCCGAUAGCACCGGUGUACGGAGGCUUUCCGGUCAAAUUUCGCACCUUUCUGGGCGACCCCAUUCCGUAUGACCCCAAACUAAACGCAGCUGAGUUAGCUGAAAAGGUGCAGCAAGCAGUUCAAGUACUUAUCGACAAACACCAGAAGAUACCUGGAAACAUCCUCAGAGCUCUUCUGGAGCGAUUUCAAAGGGAACACAAAGAUUAGCACACUUGCUUUCUCUCUGACUCGGAAACAUCUGCUUAUUGAAUCCUGGAUAGUAUUUAUGUCCUGGAUAUUAUUUGUGAUAUUGUUACGUCAUAUGUUACUGAUACUCUAGUGGACGUAUCUGGAUCAUGAAAACAUAUUAGUAUCAGCAUAUUAACAAUGUUGGUUCGUGUUUUUGUAACAUCUGCUACGUGUAGUCUGCACAUGUUGUGGGUUUGAGUUUUUGUGUGAUUUUGUUUGAAUCCAUGAUUUAUUUGCACACUUUGAUCUAUUUGAAGGACCACUGCCAAAAUAGUUUGUUGUCCACAAACUGUGUUUUACCUUUUAAAUGCAUUUUUAAAGUAUCAGUCCGUCCUGCAUUGGUAAACCGAUGUGUUGCAGUAUAUCAGAAUUUAGGGUAGCGAAUAGUUACAAUAUAAACUCGCAAAUACAUCAACUACAAUUGAUAAGUUGUAUUUGUUUUAUAUGAUUAAACAUACUGUGAUUUUUUUUUUUCUUUGUGUGUGUGGGAGAGUUUGUAAGCACAUUUAAUUUUUAGAUAUAUGUAUACAAUUGUAACAAUGUCGCGUUUGUUUCUUGAUGUUGAAUACUUCACUUCCUUGUGUUAUAUCUCUCUUUAUCAGAAGUCAGGAACAAACUGCUGUUUAUAUACUAUCAGUUGGUAUCGAUGGUAUGGUUUGUCAAGCUCUCAAAUUUGCCAUAAAUUUACAAAGUUAAACCAUUGUGAUGUGAAGAGAGAAUACAUUAUGCAAGUCUUCAUGAAUUUAUAAAUACAACACAAGAUACAAGACUUUCAGAAUUCAUUAAGAUUUAUAAUAUUCCUGUGAUUUAUGGUAUUAAUUCAUUACUGUUUCAACCAGCAUUAAAGGGACUGUUCACCCGAAAAAUGAACAUUCUGUCAUCAUUUAUUCACCCUCAGAUUUUUCCAAACCUGUAUACUUUUCUUUGUUCUGCUGAACACAAAGGAAGAUAUUUGGCAGAAUGUCAGUAACCAAAUAGAGCUCAUCCCCCAUUGACUCCCAUAGUAUUUAUUUUCCCUACAAUGGCAGUAAAAUGGGCAAUGAUAUUUGUUUGGUUACUGACAAAAUCUUCCGUUGUGUUCAUCGGAACAAAUAAUGUACAUUUGUAGAAGUUUGGAACAACACAGGGGUGAGUAUAUAAUGACAGAAUUUUCAUUUUUUGGGUUAACUAUCCCUUUAAGGUUCCUGAAUCUAAUAUGUUGUCAAGCAUGAUGGUUAUGAUAUUAUAACAGAGAUUUUAUUAUAAAAAUAAAUUACAUUUACAUUUAGCAGACGCUUUUAUCCAAAGCGAAUUAAAAAGAUUUUAGGGAGCAAUAAGUGAUAUGUCAUACAGGAGCAAAAAUACAAUAGGUGCCGAUACAAAGUUACUAGUUUCAACAGAAGCUAGACCACUACCUGUUGAGAGAAAGAGAGAGGGUUAUUUUUUUUCAUUUGUCUGUCAAGUAUUCACAGAAGAGAUGCGUUCUAAGAAGGUUUUUAAUGUUGUGAAAGAUGUGGUUGACCGGACCGAGUUAGGAAGAAUGUUCCACCAGGAAGGAGUUGUGAACUAGAAUGAGCGGGAAAGUUAUUUACUGCCCAUGUGGGAAGGCAAAACGAGACACCGCUGGUUUGCUGAAAGCAGGGUUCUUAGGGUGUAGGAGGGUGCAAAAGUAUGUGUGUGCAGAACCAGAGAUAGUCCUCUAGUCAUUAGUGACUUGAAUGUGAUACAGGCUUAAACCGGUAGCCAGUGGAGAGAGAUGAAAAGGGGAGUCACAUGAGCCCGAGGUGUGCUGUUGGGUUCUGAACCAGCUGGAGCGGUUUGAUAGCCUUUGCAGGAAGACCAGCAAGGAGAGCAUUGCAGUAGUCCAACCUUGAGAUGACCAGGGCCUGAACAAGGAGUUUUUCCGCAUGCCCAGUGAGAUAGGGUCUAACCUUUCUAAUGUUGAAUAAGGCAUAUUGGCAUGACCGCAUUCUCUUUGCAAUGUGAUCAUUGAAGGACACCUGUUCAUCAAAUAUGACUCCGAGGUUCCUGGCUGUUGUGGAAGGAGUGAUUGUGGUAUUGACAAGUUGGAUGGUGAGAUCGUGUUGCAUCGUGGGGUGUGCCGGAAACACGAGUAGUUCUGUCUUGGCAGGCUCCAGCUGGAGGUAAUGCUCUUUCAUCCAAACUGAGAUGUCUUCUAGGCAGGCUGUAAUGCCUAGAAGAAAUCAUACUGAUGGACAAAUAAAACACAUACUGAUGGAUUUAAUGCUGUUAGACUCUUUAACACUUGAUGGCCAGGUUUCAUAGACAAAGCUCAAGGCUAGUCCCAAACUAAAAUGAAUGUUAGAGCGAUCUUAACUGAAAAUAACUUGCCCUGACCUAUCUUCAAAUAUGUCAUGGCCAUUGUUUUGUCUCAAGAUGCACACCAGCAAUGUAUUUUUGUAAACAUUUUUUAAAAGUGACCUAUAUAUCCUGAUUCAACUAAAGCAUAGUCCUGGCUUAAGUCUGUGAAACCGGGCCAAUAGGCUAAGUAAAUCUGUCUUUUUCCCCUGAUCUUUAAAAAAAAUGUGUGAUGUAAAGAUCAAAUAUAGCAUGGGCACAGUUUUUGUCACCUAUGUCUUGUGGGUAAGGUUUGGUGAUUGGGGUAUGCAAAAGUAUAAAUAUGUAUAAAUAUAUUUGGUAUUGAUUAACAACUUCUGUGCAUCCCUUGUAAACCCCCCCAAAUAUCACAGGGAAAAAAUAAAAAAAUUUUUUUGGGAGAAAUGUUUAUUAUUCAUGAUGUUUUUGCUGCAUUAUACAUGUGGUCCUAAUUUCCUUCCAGCCACUCCAUGAGUCUUUCUUAUUAGGGAGCGAAACCGUAAAUCAUACGAGGUGUGAGAAUACAUAUUUAGACAAAUUCAUCACUGAACUUUGCAUAUGUUACAUAAAUGCAACGUU